AUGCAGCAUCUAGAACGUGAUGUAGCAAUGUGGUAUUUAGAUGACAUAUUAAUACCAGCAAGAAGUUUCGAAGAGAUGAUGAUCAGAUUAAGGAAAGUAUUGGAUGCGUUAAGUUCCGCAAGUUUAACUCUAAAACUUGAAAAAUGUCACUUUGGAUAUGAGGAGGUAACAUAUUUGGGUUUCAGAUUAUCAACGCAUGGAAUCAAACCAGGAGAAGACAAAGCAGCAGCCAUACUGAAAAUAGAACACCCAACCAAUCGACAUGAAGUGAGACGAUUCUUGGGUUUGACCGGAUUCUUCAGAAGAUUUGUGCCACAGUAUGCGCAAAUAGCCAAACCACUGACCGAGCUGACCAAAAAUGCAGUACCAUUCGAAUGGGGACAUUCGCAACAGGAAGCAUUUGACACACUAAAGGUAAAACUUACCAGUAAUCCAGUCUUACAAUUAUUUAACCCAAAUGCUUAUACGGAAUUACAUUGUGAUGCCAGUCAACAAGGGUUGAGUGGACUACUACUACAGCGAAGGAACGAAGACAAGUUACUACAUUUAGUCUAUGCUGUGUCUAAGAAAACCACCACAGCAGAAAGAAACUAUCAUGCGGGAAAACUAGAACUCAUGGCAAUAGUUUGGAGCGUCACCCGUUUAAGACAUCUACUGAUAGGAAUGCAGUUCAUCAUAGUGACAGAUUGUCAGGCUAUAGUGCAUCUCAACACUAAGAAAACAGUAAAUCCACAAGUAGCUCGAUGGGCAAACUUGCUAAGUGAAUACAACUAUGAGAUACGUCACAGACCAGGGAUUAAGAUGGCCCACGCAGAUGCUUUGUCUAGAGCUCCCGUGAAUACAUCAACAGACACUGAAGUAGAACUUGAAGAGCUAGAGAUCAUGAUAACAAUGACUGCAGAGGAACACAUAAUAACAAUGCAAAGAAGUGAUGAAAACAUAUGUUCACUAAUCAAAAUAAUGACAAAAUCAACUGAAGAGCGAUCAUUAAAUGAACAACGUGAAGUUAGGGAUUAUGUCAUGCGUCAGGGCAUAGUGUAUAAAAGAGUCAGGAUUCAAGGAGAAGAACGCCAACUAUGGGUUGUUCCAAACGCAAUGCGGAAGAGUAUAGUGGUGCAGAAUCAUGACAUGGCUGGACAUUUCGCACUUGACCGAACGGUUGCGAAGAUCUUGGAGCGGUACUACUUUGCCCGAAUGAGGAGUUAUGUGCGAGUUCAUAUCAGAUGCUGCCCAGAGUGUAUACUAACUAAAAUACCAAGAGGCCGACCACAGGGAGAACUCCAUCCGAUACCACCUGGAAGAAGACCAUUUGAGGUGAUACAUUUAGAUCACAUAGGACCCUUUGUACGAUCAACUGCAGGGAAAAAUUACAUACUAGUUUUAGUGGACAAUUUGACCAAAAGUUAUACCCAGUGCGAGCUUGUAAUGCUGAAGCAGUCAUAA